CUAGGAGAAACGAAACUGAAUGUGCCAGUUCGGGAUUCCCACAGUAGAUUACGCAAGAGGAAACGCCCACCUCAGCAAAGCCACGCCUCUGUAACUCUCAGUGGCUACAAAUCUCUGUUCGGUAUAAGAAGUUUCUCCGCUCUUUCUGGAAGCUAAAAGGUUAAAAAUUCUUCCUAACAUGGGCGUGUUCCAAUGGAGGGGCAGGGCUAUAGGGAGAGAUUUCCGCCUGUUCCAGACUGCAGCACAAGUGGCAAGAAUAGAAGACUGAGAAGAAGAUUUUUAUUAAGUAAGAAUAGCAGACCCUUUCAUGGAGGAUCCUCAAGUGGUGCUUAAUAAGUUCUGUGCAAGAAAGAAUCUGCAAUAUGAAUUCAGGCUGAUUUCCAAGGAAGGGUCACCUCAUGAUCCCUUGUUUACCGUACAUUUGUUUAUAAAAAAUGAAAUGUUUGGAGAAGGACAAGGCAAAUCAAAGAAGGCAGCAGAGAAGAUAGCAGCUAGAAUUGGACUGGCGGCUCUGCAAAAUCAAGAAAAUCCACCUCUGGCUCAGCAACCCACAGCAGCCGCCUCUCUGGACACAGGUCUUAGUCCAUUGCAGGGAAGCGCUGCAACGGCUGAACCAUCUGUAAAUGGCUCUGAAAAUCACAAGAUGAGCUCAAUAAACUACAUUGGAAUUCUAAAUGAAUUAUGCCAGAAGAAAUCGUGGAGCAGAAAUUUCCGAGAUGUUGAUCGUUAUGGACCAGAUCAUGAGCCUAAGUUCUAUUGUGUGGCAGAAGUGAACAAGCGAGAGUAUCCAGAAGGCUGGGGAAAGAAUAAAAAACAAGCAAGAAAAAAAGCUGCUUUUCUGGCUCUCCGUUUACUCAAAACUGAAAAUCCAGACGAUAUCCUGAUCCCAGCAAUUCCAACAGCUUAUACAGGAGAAUCAGGAUCAGAAAGUUCGUCAGUGUCUGAAAGCAAUGGCAACAGAAGUAUUGAAAGGCGAAGUUUAGGAAAUGGAGCAACUCAAGUAAUUUCUGCAGUUACUGAGAGAUCGCCACACAGAACACAGAGUACAGCAAAUUUUGUCCAAAGCCCUCUUUGGGAAUUUGAGGAUAUAACCAAAUUGUCAACUGGAGGAUUUGGCAAAGUAUUUAAAGCUUUGAAAACCAUGGACAAGAAAUAUUAUGCAGUGAAAAAAGUAAAGAUGCGCAACGAGAAAUGCAAGUUGGAGGUACAAGCUUUAGCAAGUUUAGAUCAUCCAAACAUUGUUCGAUAUUUCCACUCAUGGACUGGAAUGGACUAUUCUUUAGACACCAGCUACAGCUGUAGUACUUCCAGUAACACGGAUGGAAUGAACGAGUACCUUUUUAUUCAGAUGGAGUUUUGCGAAAAUGGCGACUUGAAAAACUGGAUUAGAAAAAUGAAGAUAGUGGAUAAAGUGAAAAGUCUUAAUAUAUUUCGGCAAAUAGUUGAAGGCGUACUCUACAUUCAUUCAGAAAAACUUAUACAUAGGGAUCUUAAACCUGCAAAUAUAUUCUUUGCCAAAGACAUGAGGGUAAAAAUUGGAGAUCUUGGUUUAGUGACUCAGAUGGCUAGUGAGGAGAGCACAGAAGCACUACUUCGGACCCACGACAUUGGAACUCCAUCUUAUAUGGCCCCAGAACAGCAUGAAAACAUUUAUAACUGUGAAGUGGACAUUUUUGCAUUGGGAUUAAUACUUGUUGAGCUUUUGUGUAUAUUUGGCACCGAACACGAGAGAUAUGUUGAAUGGAAGAAAAUACGGAAUUGCCAGUUGCCAGAGACGUUUGUAGCAAAGUACCCUUAUGAGAUAUGUACGAUCAAGUUAAUGCUAUCAAGAGAUCCUAAAAAGCGACCCACAGCCACAAAAUUAAAGGAAUUCUUUGAAACAAAUAACUAUUUGGAUUCCAGAACAUGUUAAGCAAUCGGAUAAAACAACUCCUGAAGAUACACACAUUUCUUGCUAUUAAUGGUUGUGCCCAAAAUCUCAUCCUCAGGGUCGGAGUGGGUUGGCGGGGUCCACUGGGUUUUUUCUUUUUCCCUGCCAGCAACUUUAUCCCUCCACCCUCACCCCCUAAGAAUGUAAUGCAAGUAAAAGAACGUGAUGGUGUGUGCGCGGGCGCGUACCAACUCUGCUCAUCCUACAGAAAAGAAUGUGAGAUUUAAGCAGCAAAUGUAUUGCAGUCACUCCUGUAAAAAUGUGUACAAGUAGUCACUGAUCUAAAAGGGAAUUGCUCUUCUUUACUCUUUGUUUUCAGGAACAAAUACAGUUUUUUUUUAAACGUAUUAUUUAAACUGGGGUAAUGGAGUUAAAUACUCACAUUUUCUGCUCUUAGAGUUUUGGAAACUGUUGCAGACACAGAAAAAAAUAACUCUCCUCUUGUGUACAAUAAAAGAUCACAAUUCGCGAAAUGCAUUUGUUGCACUUUUUUUUACGCGUCCGCGGCCUUUUUGAUGCGCGACUACUUUUUUUUACGUGCUGCAAAUUUUUCCGCAGCAAAUUUUCACAGAAGUUUGGCGAAAUAAUUCGCCGAUGGCGAAAUGCAGAAAUUUGCUGCAAAUCCAUGCCUGCCGAAAAAAAUUUGCUUAUCACUAGUUAUAAUGUAUCAUCAUCAUAUAUCUGUAAUCCCCAACAGAUAUUGUUCUUCAUUUAUAUUGGUCCCUGCCUUAGCAGAGCUUACAAAUCCACAUUCACACAGAAAAUGCACACACCCACUAAUCAUAAAUCGAUUAAUGUAACUAAGUAAUGGUGACUGGCCGAUUUCAGUCAGAACUGAAUAACAAGUCAAAACAAUAGUUAGUGGAUCCCAUUGAAUAACCCAAACCUGGCGCAUCUUCGUCUUGAAAUACAGCAAUAGAGCCUACUCCCAGUGUACCAUAGGCCUAAAUCCAAAUUACAGAUGUAGUUUACACAGCAUGAGGAACACACAAUAAGGUAUACAGUAAAAUCAAUAAAAUUACUAAAUUCCCCUUUUUAAUUAAAAUGUUUUUAAAUGUUUUGAAACUUUUGUUUCUAUGUUAAUUUUGUCAUAUUAUAUUGUAACAUUGCUGUAAUAAAAGCAUAUUUUCUCUUA